CUCGAGGCGGGCGGGCCGGGUGCAGCCCGGCCCGGGGGGGGGGGGUGGUCGGGCCGACGGGCGCGGUGCGCGCGGGGCGCGUGUGCGCCCGCGCGCUUGCAGCCCUGCUUCUUCCCUCCUGCCCUGCCGCUUCGCCUUCCUCCAAGCGGAGGAGGUCCUCCUUUAGGCCAGCCCCACCCCGCCCGCCUUGCGCCGAUGACCUCCAAGCUGGACUACCUGAAGAAGUACCUGGCCGCGCCAGGCCAGGGAGCGCCGGCGGCCGCCUCGAAGGAGGCGAGGAAGGACAAGCCGAAGAAGGCCAAGAAGUCCGCGGCGACGCAGGACCUCCGGAUUCGCGACCUGUCAGAGGUGCUCCCUGCGGCCAGGGAGGAGGGGCACAACGUCAAGAAGAAGACAGUGCUCGCUCACGGCCGCAGGCUCUGCGUCGACGAGGACACCGUCUUCGUGGACAAGGACGUCGUCGACUUGGCGGAGAGAACUCGCGUCGACGACACCGAGAAGUCGGGCAUCGCGUGGCGCAUCCAGCAGCACAGGAGGCCUGUGGGCACGAGGCAGGCGCCCAAGACGGAGGCCAAGCAGGAGGUGAAGGAGGAGGUCAAGCAGGAGCACGACAAGGGAGCCGAGUCCGACAUCUCCCCGCCGCGCGCGCCCGCCAGGGCCUCGGCCAGCGCCUCCGCCAGGCCAGCCGCCGAGGACGAGGGCGACGGGUCGGACCUCUCCCCCCCGCGGAGGGGCGGCGGCGGUGCGCGCGCGGUUCCCGCGGCGCCCGCGGCGGGGGGCGGCGCGGCGGCGAAGAAGGGCACGACUGCGGCGAAGAGCGCGGCGGCUCCGAGGCGACAGCGGCACGACUCCGACUCGGACCUGUCGCCGCCGAGGAGGGCGCCCGCGGCGGAGGCGGCGGCCGCCGGCCUGGAGCCAGGGGCCGGCGGCGCUCAAGGCCGUAGUCCCGCGCCCGAGGCAGCGGUGAAGCGGCAGCGGCACGACUCCGACUCGGACCUGUCGCCGCCGCGGAAGGCAGCAGCGGGCGGGCCCGCCGCCAAGGCAGAGGUGAAGCGGCAGCGGCACGAUUCGGACUCGGACCUGUCGCCGCCGCGGAAGGCAGCAGCGGGCGGGCCCGCCGCCAAGGCAGAGGUGAAGCGGCAGCGGCACGACUCCGACUCGGACCUGUCGCCGCCGCGGAAGGCAGCAGCGGGCGGGCCCGCCGCCAAGACAGAGGUGAAGCGGGAGCGACACGUCUCCGACUCGGACCUGUCGCCGCCGCGGAAAGCCACGGAAAGGUCUGCCGCCCAGGCAGCAGCUAAGGGGCAACGGCACGACUCCGACUCGGACCUGUCGCCGCCGCGGAAGGCAGCGGUUGGCGGGCCCGCCGCUGGGGUGGAGGCGCAUAGGAAGCGCCACGACUCCGACUCCGACUUGUCUCCCCCGAGAAAGGCGACGGGCAGCUCAGCAAUGGCGGCGGCGGAGUCGAAGAAGGCGCGACACGACUCCGACUCGGACCUGUCGCCGCCCCGCGGGGGCGCGAUGGCGGAGGAGGAGAAGAUGAGCUCCGGUCUCAAGAUCGGCCUCGUGAAGGGUAGCGAUCUGAAGGACGGUGUUGCCGCAGGGGUGCGCCGCAUGCGGACCGGGUUCUCGGGCAAGGAGGCCGUCAGGGCGGCCCUGGCCCAAUGCGUCCUCGGGGCUGGCCGGGGCCGCGGGCGCCGCCAGGAGGGCGACGACGAGCAGCUGGAGGCGGAGGUGCAGCUGCUGCUGCGCUGGCUCGAGGCGAGCGGCGCGGCUCCCCGCGUCACGGCCCACAUCCUGGGCGACCAGGACUUCGUCUGCCAGGCCGUGCGCGACCUGUGCCCGGGCACGCACGCGGAGCACGCGCGCGCCCUCGGCGGCGAGGCGCCCGCGGCCGACGUGGCCGCGGCCUGCCUCGGCGCGGCCCUCGGGGCCGUGCGCGCGGUGGAGGUCGACGCGGCGGGCAUGGUGGCGCGCGCUGUGCGGGCAGGUGGCAACGACCUGGAGCCGCUGGCCGACAUCGUGCGGCUGUGGCGGCACGUCCUGUUGUACGCCGUGUGCUGCGAGUCGCGCGAGCGCCACGUCCUGGCCAUCCAAGGCAUGCCGCAGGACGUCCAGCAGCAGCUGAUGGAGAUCAUCACCGGGGUCGAGCAGCGGCUGGGCAGCCCGCGGAGGAGCCGCGGCGAGACGCCCCCCGCCGCGAGGGCGGGCAGGGCGUCCCUGCUGUCGUGCUCCGGGCGGGCGGAGCCGCCUUCGCCCGAGAGGGGCGGGCCGAGGCCGAGGACCUCGCUCGUGCCGCCGGGCGAGGAGAAGGAGGCGAUCGAGGCGCUGCUGCGCGAGAACGAGUGGCUCCGCGCGGCGAACCGCAAGCUCGGGGGACAGGCGGAGAAGCAACGGAGCGCGCUCCAGCAGAGCAGCGAAGCGAUCGACGGCGAGAUCGAGUCCUUCUACCACAGCUGGCACCUGGAGAGGCAGCUGCGCGAGAAGGAGGAGCAGGUCCAGCUGCUCAGGCAGGAGAUCGACAGCGGGCGCGGCGUGGUCGAGGAGGCGAAGCAGCUGCAGGACGAGCUCGUGCUGGCCCGGUCCAGGGAGGCGGAGCACAAGGCGACGCAACAGCGCCUCGAGUGGUGCAACCGCCGCCUGGAGGAGGCAGGCAGCGUUAAGCAGGAGCUCACGUCGUGCCUCGACGCGAAGGAGGAGCUGAGCCAGGAGAACAGCGCGCUUAAGAUGCAGGUGACGCAGCUGAAGCAGGCCGGGCAGAGGCUCGAGACUUUCAAGGGCAGGGUCAGGGACCUGGAGCUCAUGAACAAGGACUGCCAGACGCAGCUGCGCGAGGCGGAGGCGCGCGCCGGCUGCGCCGAGAGCGAGAGGCUUCGCCUCGCGGGCGACAAGGCCCUGCUGGAGGAGCAGCUGCUGCAGACGCAGAUGGACCUCAACGCCCUCAAGGAGGGGGUCCCCGGCUCGCUGGAGUCGGGCGGCGUGGUGGAGCCGUUCACCCAGGAGCUCCGCGACAGGAUGCAGGCGCUGGAGAGUCAGAACGCCUGCCUCCAGGAGCAGCUGACGCAGGAGGGCUCCCAGCGGGUCGCCGAGCUGACGGUGGACGCUGAGUGCGCCCGCAGCCUCAGGGACCAUUACGAGCAGGAGUUCCAGGGCGCCUCUGCCCAGCUGCGGGACGAGAGGCAGAGGGCCGAGGCGUUGCUCGUGGAGGGGGCCGAGCUCCGCGAGCAGCUGCGCGCCGCGGAGUGGCGCGCGGAGGAGGAGGAGCGGCGCGCGGACGCCGCGGAGGAGGCGCUGGCGGCCAGCGGCGAGCAGUGCGCCGCCCGCGAGGAGGAGGCGCUGCUACUGCGGUCCCAGUGCGCGGCCCUGGAGGCGGAGCUGCGAGAGGCGAGGGGCGCGCUGGAGGCGCUGCGCGGGCGGGAGGGCGACCUGGAGGAGGAGCUGCGCCAGGCCGGCGAGGACCUGGCGCACUGCCGGGGCGUUCUGGAGCGCGACGCCGCGGCCUUGGGGGCCGCGCGCGCCCGCGCGCGGGAGCUGGAGGCCGAGGCGGACGCCCUGCGAGCGCGGGCGCUGCAGGCCGAGGAGGCGGCCGAGGAGGCGCGCGAAGACCUCGAGAUGCAGAGCGGGCAGCUCGAGGAGCUCCGGCGGCAGCGGGAGCAGCUGGAGGGCUGGCAGGGGCAGGCCCUGGAGCUCCGCGUGGAGCGGGACGCGCUCGCGGCGCGGGCGGAGGAGGCCGAGGCCGAGGCUGCACGGCAGGCGUCCGAGCUGGAGCGCUGCAGGCGGGACUUCCGGGAGGGCCUCGAGCAGGCGGCCGAGCUGGAGGCCAGGGCGCUCGCCGGCGAUUGCGAGCGGCGGGACCUGCGGCAACAGCUCGCCCAGAGCGGCUGCGAGCGGGCGUUGGCGCAGCGUAGCCACGCCGGCCUCGUGGAGCGCGAGGAGGCCUGGGCGCAGAAGCAGUGCGACCUGGUCAGCCGGCUGGAGGACCUGCGGGACGGCCUCGGGGCGGAGGAGAAGCUGAGCCGCUCGCUGGGUGAGCAGCUGAGCGCCGCCGAGGGGUGGAGCAGCCGCCUUGAGGAGCUGCUGCGGCGCGCUUCGCCCGCCGAGCUGGAGCGCCUGCGGCGCGAGCACGCCGCCGCCGUCGGGGCGCCGCUCUCGGCCGCGCCGCCCGAGCAUGAGGCGGCGCAGCUGCGUGCGGAGGCCCGCCGUCUCCGCGAGGCGCUGCGGGAGCAGCGCCUGCGCGGCGCCGAGGAGGCGGUGCGGCUGGCGCAGUUGACGGCCCGCCUGCGCCAGUUCGAGAGGGCCGCAGAGAGCGGGCAGAUGGGCGCCCUGCCCGCGCCAGCGCCCGCGGGCGCCCGCGAGCGCCCGCCGGCCCUGACGGACGCAGGUGCUGCUCUCUGCGCCAGCGCCCGGCCGCCAGCGCCCCGGGCCGCCGCCGCGCCCGCGAGCCCGCGGCGUGCUGCCGCGCGGGAGCCCGCCGCGGAGCCGACGGGGCACGUGCCGGCCAGGGCCUGCGGGCGCGCCGCGGGCGCAGGUGCGGCGCCAGCGCCAACGCCAGCGCCCGCACCAGCUCUGGCGCCAGCGUCGGCAGCUGGCGGUAUCAAGAUGGCCGCUAAGAGGUGCAGCAUAUUGAAGAAGCCGCGGAUGCCAGCGGAGGAGGCCUGCGUGGUGGAGGGCCCGGCGUCCGGCGCGCCGCCGGGCCGGACAGGCAUCCUGGGAGCGCGGAGGGGCCUGCUCGGCGCCGCCGCCGGCGGCGGCGCGUGAGCGUGCUCGGGCGGCGCCGCCCCGCGCGCCAGCGGGGGUGGGAGGCCUGGGCCUUCGGCCGCUCUUCCCCCGUCGUCCAAUAUCGAAUUCAUUUCUACUGCUGCCUGAAGUUCUUUUCAAUUUGCAGGGGGCCCCUGUUGCGAGCGCGAGUAGAUCGUGGCGCUCUCAGUUGCAACAAGGGCGGCAUGGUGAGAAUUCCAGAAUUCGGAAGCUUUUGGUUGUGACGGCCACGGGCCCCAGAAAAGGCCAGGUGGACAAGUGCACCUCUGGUCCAUCCUGCGAGCUAGCGACGGUGCGCCACACGGCUCGAUCAUUCACACCAGGGCGGCAUUUGUGCGUCGCAGCGAUGGGAAA